ACAGGGGAGGCCACAGUCAAACAUGUAGCAACCUCCCCUUUGAAUCACACACACACACACACACACACACUGAAAUCCAACCAUCCAUCCACUCAUCCAUCCACCCGUGUUUGAUGACUGCAUGUUCAUUUACCUCAGAGCCCACAGAAGUUUAAAACACAGAAACUUAAAAAACUUUAAAAUUAAUUGGUGCCUAGUGGCUUGUACCUCUAUACAUAUUUCUGAAAUUGUCUUUAGCUUUCAUUAACCGAUAUGUCGAAGUCAUUAGUAAUCUGCUCGUCUCCACUUAUAUGUGGUACAUCCUUGUAUUUCGGUGGUUAUCAUUGUCUAUAAUCACAGCUGUCCUGUCAACAGCUGUCUGUUAUCAUAGUUAUAACUCUCUGCAACUGUAUACAGUUGGUUUUUAACUUUUUAAUGCACCAAAUGCCUGCAGUUGUUGACAUUUUGCAAUAUUUGAUCACAGACACCAUGUUUUAAGAUAUUUCUUAUUUGAAGAUAUAUUUUUAUUUAAAUCCCAUGUGUGAAGCACCUUGAGCUGUAUUUCAUGUAUGAAAAGAACGAUAUAAAUACAUCCUUCUUCUUCUUGUUAUUAUUAUUGUUGUUAUCGUUAUUAUACAUACUGAGCUCUUCCCGAAACACCAAUCCAGAUAUCAUAUGAUCAAUGCCUCUUGUGUUUUGUUGUGGCAAGUUGUGCUUGAUGAACAGGGCAUGAGUGAAACCCUGGGUUCCGCUUGCCCAGCGGAUGUGGUUUCAUCAUCCCCUCUGUCAGCUUUGCAGUGCUCACACUGCCAACACAGCAAGAGCCAGCUGGAUUUAUUUGAUUGCCCAUCCCGUUUCCAGCAACAGAACAGAUGCUCCGAUGACGAAGGAUGUGAGGCAUCUACCGACACUGACGUCUGCCUGUGAGUUUGUCCACACCGCUGCGUGCCAUCAUUAUCAGCAAAGGGGGAACAAAUUAAAUGAAGACUAAGAAUCUCUGCAGAAGUUAAGGGGUGACAGCGAAGCUGUAGAAGAAUGACAGAAAAUGAGAGUAAUAUUCAGUUCUAGAUGAAACCGACAACAGAAUCUAGAUGACAUAAUGAUUGGAUUACCUCCCUCGACACCUACUCUCUCUUCUGGCCCAGUUUCAAACUCAACCUCUUUGUCAGACCAUCCAUCUCCAGCUGUUGGUAUUACCCUGCUGGUGGUUGCCUUGGUAGUGGGUCUACCUGGGAACCUGUUUGUGGUUUGGACUGUCUUGUUUCGCCUGCGCCGGCGAUCUGUCACUGCCUUGUUAAUCCUUCAGCUGGCCGCGGCUGACUGUCUGGUGCUGUUGACUGCGCCCUUUUUUCUGCGUCAACUGGCCGCCCGUAGGGUUUGGGAAUUUGGGGACACUGCUUGCCGUGUGGUACACUAUGGAUGCGGGGUCAACAUGUACGUCAGCGUCUACCUGAUUACCCUGAUGGCCGGUGACCGCCUUCUGGGUGUUUCCAAGCCCUUCGUGUCUCAGCGUGUCCGCACCAAGUCUCGCCUCAGGCCAGCAAUCGCAGCUAUUUGGGCACUGGCCUUGGUGCUGUCCAUCCCAGUGGCUGUCUACAAGCACGUGGAUCCAAAGAGUUACUGCGAGCCUAAUUACCCCAGUGCAGAACAUGAGGUGUUUCACUACUGCUUGGAGCUGGUGGCGGCCUUCGUCUUGCCGUUCAUUGUGCUGGCCGUCUGCUACUGCAGAAUCUCCCGCACCCUGGAGGCCGCCCGGGUCCGCUGGCGCCGCCGCUCCCGCCGCAGAACUGGACGCCUUAUUGUGCUCAUCAUGGCGAGCUUCAUCAUACUCUGGGUGCCCUACCAUCUGGUCAACCUGUUGCAGACGAGCGCAAUCCUGGCCGGCGAAAAAGGGGUAAAUCUGCUAAAAAUAUGCAAGAUUAUACGGCCCAGGGUCAUCGCCUUGGCCUUUCUCAGUAGCUCCAUAAAUCCUCUGCUAUAUGCCUGCACCGGCUCCACCUUGUCUGGUACCUCGGGACUCGGUUGCAUCGCCCGCUUGUUGGAGGGAACUGAUUCAGAAUCACAAAGCAGGAGGGGGGACAGUCAAGGGGAUAGGGGGAACGCUGGCGAACAGAAUGGGGAAUCUCUGAGAAUGGGGCACAUUCCAGCAAAGGAGAAAAACGAUCAAAAGGAGUAAAUCACUGAAGAACUGAGCGAUGGGUUGGUACUACUGGAAUAUGCAACAACACCGCUGGAAAACAAAAAAAAAGUAACAUAUGAAGACUGUAAUGUUUGACUGCAGCAGAAGAAAUAACUGGAACCUAUCAAAGGACUUGCACUGAAAAAUGAACAAAAAGUCAAGAAGCCCAAAGAGCUGCACAGAAACUAUAUUUAUCUAAAUAUAACCAUUCAGUCAUAGUAUCCAAGUUUGUGUGUAAAAAUAUGCUUGCAUUUCUCAUGCUUGUGUCAUUUAAUCAUGAUUCUUUCUUCUUUCAUAAGCAAACAAUAAGCAUUUUUCUCUUGUUUACUUAAUUUCACUUAAUUUCGCAGAUAAAACAGUAUCAAACAUUUAAGAUAUAAUGUUAAUAUGUAUAUAUUUUUUAUUUGACAAAAUUCAGCUU